GGCUAGUUUUUUGUUGUAUUAAGAGGAAAGGAAGAACAAGGGUGUUAUCUAGUAAUUGUACUAUCUGCUGCAAUUUUGGAUUCAUUCCACUUCGAGAUGAGCAAAACUCAUUUCCUGACUUCAUCCUACUCCUCUUCUUCUUCUUCUUCUUGAGCUGUGGAUAGGAGGCAGCCAUGGCGACUGAAUCCCAGUCUCCUCCUCCUUCGACCCCUGCUGAUCAAAGUUCCCAGAAACCAGCUGGUGUCAUGCAACCAAGUCUAACAACUGAGAAUCAGCAAAAUGUCCAGGCGGAAGCUGCUAAGGAAAAUGCUUCAACAUCGGUGUUUGUGAAUUCGGAACCAAUGCGAGAGGAUCAAGUACAGAAUGCAGUGAAAUUCCUCUCACACCCUAAAGUUAGGGGCUCUCCAGUAUUGUAUAGGCGAUCUUUUCUUGAGAAGAAGGGCCUCACAAAAGAGGAGAUAGAUGAAGCUUUUCGACGAGUCCCUGACCCACCUCCAAGUGUACAAACUGCUGGUGUGAAUCAAGAUGGACAGACCACAUCAUCUAGUGUUCAGCCACAAACAUCUGCACCUGCUGCUCCUACAAAUGCUGUUUCCCAAGUGGCUUCCAUAACACGUUCACGGUUUCAUUGGUCUCAUGCUGUUCUUGCUGUAGGAUUGUUGGCUGCUUCAGGAGCUGGAACAGCCAUCAUAUUUAAGAAUGCUGUUAUUCCUAGAUUAAAGUCAUGGGUACGCAAGGUUAUGUCAGAAGAAGAAAAUAACUCUCUUGAGAAAAAAGAUCCUAAACCAAGUGUAGCAGAAGAAGCUGCAGCUGCUGCAAAAGCUGCCGCAGCUGCAGCAGCUGAUGUGGCAAAAGCAAGCCAGGAAAUGAUGAGUUCGAAAAAUGAUGAGAGGAAAUACUUUGGGGAGCUUUUGAAUGUGUUAGACAUGCAAGUGCAAGAAAUGAAGUCAAUGGGUAAUUCCAUAAAAAGAUUGGAAGGUGAAACAAGUGCACUUAGGAGAAAUUCUGGCAGCGAUUAUGAAAAUCAUCAAAUGAAUGUCGUAAACUCAAGGAAACCAUAUGGUAAUGGCAGGGCAGAUUAUGACUCACACUCAGUUAGAUCUGCCUCACCUCCUGCAUCUGCUGAGCUAUCAUUUGCACCUCCACCUCAUCCAAAGUCUUAUAUGGACGUUAUGGCCAUGGUACAAAGAGGGGAAAAACCUCCUAAUGUCAGGGAGAUCAACGAUUCACCUCCAAACCCUAAUCAACAACCAUCAAAUCCUCGUUUAGCACCAAGAUCUAAGCCUUGGGAGGCUAGUCAAACCCAGUACUACCAAAGCCAGGUAAUUCAAUCUCAAGGGAGCGGUGAAGGAUUUACUUCCAAUCCACAAGACAAUGGGCCGAACUAUUCAUCAAAUGGAGAUGGUCCAGUGCCUUGGUGGCAACAAAAAAAUCCAAGAAUCACUGAAGUUGAAAGUGAAGAUGAAUUGAAGACUAGGUCUUAUGGACCGCCAACCACUGAACAACCAAUUAGGCGUUCAUGGGUUCCACCUCAGCCUCCACCAGUUGCAAUGCCAGAAGCAGCUGAAGCCAUCCGAAGGCCGAAAUCUUUAUCACAGAAGGAGCUUUCAGCUGAUGAUCAGUCAGAGACACGUUCAUCAGAUGUAACUGAUGAGUUGCAGAGGAUUACAAAAAUAUCUGAAUCUGGAGGCCCGGUUGAAAGUUAUAGCGAGAGCUCAUUGAUGAACUCAAGCGAGAUACAAGAAGCUAAAGAUGAAAUUUAUGGGUGAUACCAGCUUCAAUCUGAGGUAUACAUAUACUCCACCUACAUUAGUAAUGCUGCCAUGAAUGGUAUUAGCAAUUAAAACUGCUAAUAUAUUUUAGAAUCUCAAGCUACCAUUGGUAUAAGAUCCCUAAGAUUUAGUACCAAAACAGAACUCUCCACCCUACCCUUAAUGUGUGUGUGUGUACUUAUAUAAUCCUUUGAUCUUUAGAUAAUAGAAAGGAUAAUGCACAACCCUGCAUACCCAAGUCCAUGGUAUUAGGCAACCAAGCAUGUUUUCUUUCAUUCGGAAAUUAGUACAUGUCAUGUCACAUGCCUUUUUCCUUUCUACUGAAAUUAAUAUAAUAAUAAAUAGUAAUUAGUGAUGCACUAAACCAAUUCAACUAAUAGUGUCUUGCCAGCAUUGUACUCUGCUUUUUUUUUUCUCACAUAGACUUCUAGUCUACUGAAGUGGGGUUUAUGGAGUGGACACUCUCUUCUCACCCACCAUCGGUCUUUAGAGUGCAUGAGAUUUAAAAGCGUACACGUUUAACUUCCCACUUUCUUAGUUACCUGUUUUUGUGGUAAUUACUACUUGUUUGAUACUUUACAGUCAUUUAUAAUAUAAGUUGACUUUUUCUGUAAACUGUUUCUGGUUAGGUUUUGGAAACCAUGAUGGAUACCAGAAUUGUUUAUCUCAAUAAUUCACAGCUUUUGGAUCUUUUGGACAUGGAAGCAUUAUCAGACAACAUAUUAGUAUAUCAGUUCAUUAUACGCAUCAAAUUUGAUGUUGAAGUCAGUCUGUUAUGAGGGGUCUCAACCCUUAUAAUUUGUGCAACAGAGUUUGUAUCUUUAAAUGAGGAUUGCUAUUUGUUUUAGUUUGUAAGACUGCAUAUAAUAAGAAAUAAUGGAAAAUUAUAGCUUCCUUUUAGGUAAACAUCAAUGAUAAUAAUAAUAUAAUAUCAAUUUUAAU